CAUGCUCAGUGUAGUAGCCGGUUAUGGCGGCGGUGUGUGUUUGUCCAUGAGGUGGGGGGACGCCUGCUAUUCUUGUGGUCUGUGACAGAGCGAUCCGAGCGAAGCGCUGCCAUGGCUGGAGUGUUUGACAUUGAUUUGGACCAGCCGGAGGAAAAUGUCUCCGACGACGAGAAUGAGGAGGCUCAACUCAAUGAUAUCAUGGACCAGUGCAGUGGAUUUGAGUUUCAAAUGUGUCUCUGCAGCAACAUGGAUGACUGUGAGAAGAUUGAGAUAUCAGAGGACAACGUCAACCAGGGGACGGAGAACAUCAGACCAGAGUGCUUUGAGCUGCUGCGGGUUCUGGGGAAAGGUGGUUAUGGAAAGGUUUUUCAGGUUCGAAAAGUUGUCGGUGCUGCAGCGGGCAAAAUAUUUGCCAUGAAAGUCUUAAAAAAGGCUAUGAUUGUACGCAACGCCAAGGACACGGCUCAUACCAAGGCAGAGAGGAACAUCCUGGAGGAAGUGAAGCAUCCCUUCAUUGUUGAUCUCAUCUACGCCUUCCAGACAGGAGGAAAGCUGUAUCUCAUCCUGGAGUACCUGAGUGGAGGAGAACUCUUCAUGCAGCUGGAGAGAGAGGGCAUCUUCAUGGAAGAUACAGCCUGUUUCUACCUGGCAGAGAUCUCCAUGGCUCUGGGCCACCUGCACCAGAAGGGCAUCAUCUACAGAGACCUAAAGCCUGAGAACAUCAUGCUCAACAGCCAAGGGCAUGUUAAGUUGACAGACUUUGGGCUGUGUAAAGAGUCAAUUCACGACGGCACGGUUACCCACACUUUCUGUGGCACCAUCGAAUACAUGGCCCCGGAGAUCUUGAUGAGAAGCGGACACAACAGAGCAGUGGACUGGUGGAGUCUGGGCGCUCUGAUGUACGACAUGCUCACAGGAGCGCCACCGUUCACUGGUGAAAACCGAAAAAAGACCAUUGACAAGAUCCUGAAGUGUAAACUCAGCCUGCCUCCCUACCUCACACAAGAAGCUAGAGAUCUCCUAAAACGGUUGCUGAAGAGAAACGCCUCGUCGCGGCUGGGAGCGGGAGCGGGAGAUGCCACAGAGGUGCAGGCUCAUCCCUUUUUUCGACACAUCAACUGGGAGGAUUUGCUUGCUCGGAAAGUGGAGCCUCCCUUCAAACCUUUCUUGCAAUCAGCUGAAGACGUGAGUCAGUUUGACUCGAAGUUCACCAGUCAGACACCAGUCGACAGCCCGGAUGACUCAACCCUCAGUGAGAGUGCCAACCAAGCCUUUCUGGGUUUCACAUACGUCGCUCCGUCAGUCUUGGAAAACAUCAAAGAAAAGUUCUCAUUUGAGCCAAAAAUCCGCUCACCUCGUCGGAUCGUGGACAGCCCAAGAACUCCUCUCAGCCCAGUCAAGUUCUCGGGGGUCGAAUGCUGGGCCCGAAGCCCCCUCCUCCACAGCGGAGGACCGAGCGUCCUCCAGUCACCUCAGGACCAGGCCAUGGAGCUGUCCACCCCAGAGCAGAUGGAUGUCACGACGAGCUCUGAGGCCUCGGCGCCUCUUCCCAUCCGUCAGCCCUCCGGCAACAUGGCUCAGAUGAAGCAGCAAGCCUAUCCCGUCGUGGCCAAACGGCCCGAGCAUCUACGUAUGAACCUAUGACCCACUGCGCCUCAUUAGGAGAGUUUAUUUCUUGACUUUUUUUUUUUGUUGAUAUUUUUUAAGAAACAAAGCAAAAAGAUAUGGAUGCUAGAGACAAAAUCCAAAAUUGCACAUCCACACACUACAUAGACUGUCACAACCUGGAGUUUGUGCGUGGGUCUGGGACUCCAGCGCGCUGCAGUUUAAGUGCUACCGACGACAUCACCGUCUCACCACUUCUCCUUAUCCGACACCUCAGGUCUCACGACCUUUGUGUUCUGACCCUCCCUUUCUGAACUGGACUAGUAGGACUGGAAAUGUUUUGAGGAGCUACAGCCUUUGUGCAACCUGGAAAUCAAAGGCGAUGUAUCACACAGUAUGCAAGCGAUUUACUCUAAAAUGCAGUGAGUCUACAGCACGUCUAAGAUGACGUCCAAAGUGCUUUGUGCUAUUUGAAUCAAUGCCAGUGAGGAAAUUGCUUCCAUUGGGAGAUUUUGACAGUUCUUAGACGAAAAUGCUUCCUGAUUCUGAAUGAAAUUAUGUGAAUUGGGUUUAUUAUUGAAAAAGAUCAAAGAAAUCAUUGUUGCAAGCAGCAGACAAGCAGAGGUUCUGGUAGUGAUGACUAUAGCUUUAUGUCUUACGAUGUUUUACAAAAUGGAUGCAUUAACUGUGCUAUACAUCAAUGAUGAAUCAGAGAGGCUAAAUUAAACACGAAAAAAAAACA